UUUGUGGACAAUAACAUUUACGGAAGUUGAGUUGGUCAGUGUAGUUUAAUGGAGUAGGGAGGGUAAUUGUGGGCCAGAAAGAAAUAUUACGGUAUUUAUAUUAGUUUUGUGUGUAACGAGGGGAAAUGCCUCUUUUUGGAUCUAACCCUUUUGAUCAAGAUGUGGAGAAAGCAACAAAUGAAAACUCCACCUCAGAGGACUGGGGUCUCAUUAUGGACAUUUGUGAUAAAGUUGGGAGCACACCCAAUGGGGCAAAAGACUGCCUGAAAGCCAUUUUGAAGAGAGUAAAUCAUAAAGUACCUCAUGUUGCUUUACAGGCACUAACACUUUUAGGAGCCUGCGUUGCAAACUGUGGGAAAAUUUUUCACCUGGAGGUCUGCUCUCGAGACUUUGCAAAUGAAGUCCGUAGUAUACUAAAUAAGGCUCAUCCAAAGGUUUGUGAAAAACUGAAGGCUUUAAUGGCAGAGUGGGCCGAAGAGUUUCAAAAGGACCCUCAGUUCAGUCUUAUAUCUGCUACAAUUAAGUCCCUGAAAGAAGAGGGUGUAACAUUCCCCCCAACAGCAUCUCAGAGCACUUCAAACCCUAAAAAUGGCAGUUCGUCAUCUUCAUCCAGCAAACAUAAAGAAGAAGAUGAUCUAGCAAAAGCUAUUGAGCUGUCCUUACAAGAGCAGAAGUCACAACAGACUGACACAAGACCUUUAUACCCAUCUGUAGACUUUACACAUACCCAGCAAAAGGAAACAAGGAAAGUCCGUGCCCUGUAUGACUUUGAGGCAGUUGAAGACAAUGAGCUCACUUUUAAAGCAGGAGAAAUAAUAAUCAUCUUGGAUGACAGUGACUCUAACUGGUGGAAAGGAGAAAAUCACAGAGGAGUAGGACUAUUUCCGUCAAAUUUUGUGACAAGUAAUUUAAGUACAGAUCUUGAACUAGAUAAACCUGCUAUUCCAGAAGAAGUAAAAGAAGAAGAAGUGAAGAAAGUAGAAUCUGAACCUGUCUACAUAGAUGAGGAUAUGUGCCAGCAAAUGGGUCCCAUGAUAGAUGAAAAACUUCAAGAGAUUGAUAGGAAGCAUUCAGAGCUCUCAGACUUGAAUGGAAAACUUAUGGAAGCAUUGGAGAUGUACAACAAACUAAUUCAUGAGACUCCUCAUUAUUCAGUCUUUUCCAAGAUGCAGCCUCAGAUGCACUACCCAUCCACAUCAGUUGGCGUUUCAAUGCAGCAGUAUUCACUACAACCACAAGGAGGGAGCUAUGUUGUACAAGGAAUUCCGCAAGCCUCUUCUACUCAACCCUACAGUUUAGGACCUGAUCAGAUUGGCCCACUAAGAUCUCUACCACCAACAAUAACUUCUACGGUAACAAGUCAUCCAUCUCAAGUUCCAUAUCCAAGCACUGGCCAUGACAAUACUUCAAGCCAUGCAUAUAUGAAUCAGACUUCUGGACUCCAGACAGCUGCAGGACCAGCUGCUUAUGUGCAACAAAUUGGAAUGGGCAUGGACCUGACAGCCUAUCAGAACACUACAUCCAGCAUCCAUCCAGCCGCAAGUUAUGCAUUGAGUACCCCUGUUUCACUGCCCCAGCAGCAAGCUGCUUUUUACCAGCAACCUCUGCUUUAAUUAUGAUCUAACAUUUUGUACUCCCGCAUUCUUAAAAGCAUAAAGAACAAGACAAGAACUUGUGCAUAUUCUUUUCGUGGAAUAAAUGAAGUUGGAAAUAUUCAUUUCCUGAAUUCCUUACAGUGUUUUGUAAAACUGGAACAAGUCAUAUUGGGCUGCCUGCCUACUUUCAUCAUAAAUGGCACUCUAAAAUGCAUUUCUGGUGGACACUCAUGAAGGUGUACUUAUCCAAGUUAGUGUACUCAAACAGUACACGAUAGCUGUGUGGAGCCUUUGUCUUAAAGAAUAGGAUAUUGAACCUGUUCUGCAAUUCAUAUUUCACUACAUUUAACUGUUUUGGUUGGUCUAAAUAAUGUGUCUUUUUCCCAGCCAUCCUCCUGAAAAGAUAUAGGAAAGUAAGGGGUUGCUUUUAAGAAUAUGGGCUUUAUCUGUCUCCCUUGUACUUGUGUCUUUUAUUUCUUGUCUGUUAUAAUUUGCACAUCCAAUUUUGUUUUACUACUUUAGUUAAUUUGUGUAACCAUAUUUAUAUUUCUGGAAAUUUAAGAUGUUAAGGGUUGACAUUUUGGUGUUUUGUCAAUUUAGAAAACUAUAUCGCUUUGAUAUACAGAUUAGCUAGUUUUCCACAUCAAGAUAGAAUGCAUAUUUCUAUGAAUUUUAUGGCUAAAAUGAUCCUCAGAGAAAAAAAUGUCUCUCUUUUGUUCACCAGUAGGUAAGAUUUUCAUUCAUUACCUAUAUGUUUUCUCUAAGUUAAUCACGACGAUCAUUCUGAAUAUAGAAACUCAUUUUUAAAAUACUAUAUGUGCUUAUAACUCGGUUUCCUUAUUUUUAUAGAAAUUUCUCCAUUAUAUAAUUCAUAUGUACAAUAGACUUAAGAGAUGAUGAUUUUCUAAAGACUGUGUGUCUAGAAACCUGUGUGUUAAGUUGUAUUAUAUAUUUGUGAUAUACUUACCCCAAAAGAAGAAAUUAUUUUGGGGAUGUAACUUGCUAUAUGUUGUUUUACACCUUACUUUCAUUAACAGCAAAAAUGAAGUUAUGUCUCAAGUUAUGCACAGAAGAAAGUAGUUUAGGCUCCUGUUUAAUAUAUACAUUUUUUUGCAUAAUGCAUAUGGAGAAUUUUGUACCCAUGGCUUGCACAGUUUUUCUGACCAUAUUUUACACCUUUAUAGAACUCAACUCCUAUUUGCAUUGAACAAUUUAUAACUGGUACGUAAUAAAACUGGGGCAGCAUAGUGGCACAACAGUUAAGUUGCAGCCUCACAGCUCUUCCUGUACUUUGGUUCAUGGAGGAUGCACGUUCUCAUUGGAGUCUGCAUGACCCAAUUAUGUCCUCAUGGGUUUUCUCCAAUUCUGGUUUCCUCCCACACCCCAAAGGUGUGCUGUUAUGUGAAUUGCUAAUCCUUCAGAUUCCAUAUGAGCCACUGGCAUUCUGUCUAGGAUUAGUUUCUUCUCUGUCCUUCAACCCUGAACUAGAUAAAUAUGACAUCAGAAAAUGUAAUGUACUAAAAGUAUGAAAAGAAAAAAAAAAGUAACCAUGGUUAAGAUCAAUCUAGAAUCCGUUCUAUAUAUACUCUUAACAUGCUUAAGGGAUUUUACAUAGAUGUUUUAUUCAUGUAAAUCAACAGGAGUAAAUAUGCCUUUUUUUCUCUGUAGCCUUAAUAUAUUAAGAGUUCAUUCCCAUAA